GGGUGCCGCCGACCGGCGCCAUGGAGGAAUUCCUGCAGCGCUCUCGGAGCCGCCUGAGCCGGAGCAAACAUCUGGAGAAAGUACAUGUUGUUCUUGGAAGUAAAUCCUGUGAUUUGGACUCUCUUAUUUCUGCUGUGGCCUAUGCCUACUUUCUAGACAAGGUCAGUCCUCCUGAUGUUCUUUGCCUACCAGUCCUAAACAUACCAAGAAGAGACUUCAGCUUCUUCACAGAGACAAGGUUUAUAUUGGAGGAGCUGAAUAUCCCGGAGUCAUUCCAUAUCUUCCGAGAUGAAAUCAAUUUACACCAGCUGAAUGCUGAAGGGAAGUUGUCUUUAACGCUUACAAACAGCCACAUGCUGACAAGUGAGGAUAAAAGUUUGGAAUCAGCUGUUGUCAAAGUCAUCAAUCCAGAUGAGCAGUGUGAUGGCAGCCUGGAGUUAGAAGCAUCUUCUUCCUCUUUAGUAGUAAAAGAGAUUCUUCAAGAAGCACCAGAGUUAAUCACUCAGCAACUGGCUUAUCUCCUCAGAGGAAGCAUUCUCUUCAAGUGCAUGUCUUCUGAGGCUGACACAAUUACAGAGCAGCAGGAGAAACUGCUGUCAAUACUAGAGGAAAAGUUUCCAGAUCUUCCCCCACGAGAGGAAAUUAUCUCUGUUCUCCAGGAUACUCGGUUUAACCCUCAAGGUAUAAGCAUCGAGGAAGUUAUGCUGAAAGAUCUCAAGGAGAUUUCAGAUGGAGAAAUCAAGAUAGCAAUUAGCACUGUGUAUAUGACACUAGAGGACUGCCUGUUACACAGGAAUCUUAUUGGUGAUCUGAAAGCAUUCAUAUGUAAAUACAGGUUUGAUGUACUUGUAAUUUUGGCCAACUCUUUGUCAGAUGAUGAGCAAACAAAACGGCAAAUAGCAGUAUACUCGGAAAACUUAGAGCUUGGCAAUCAAAUUUGCUGCGAAUUAGAAGAAUGUCAAAAUCCUUGCUUGGAGCUGGAUCCACUGGAGUGUGGAUGUGACCAGAUUCUUAUUUAUCAUCAAGAAAAUUCUUUGGUUACCUGUGAUCAAAUUUUUCUUCUCAUUAAGGAAGUCAUGAAUAGAAGACAACCAGAAAUGGUAUCAAACAGUAGAACAUCUUCUACUGAAGCUGUCGCUGGAAGUGCUCCUCUUUCACAAGGGUCUUCUGGUAUUGUGGAGUUAUAUGGCUCUGAUGUAGAACCACAGACCAGUUCUGUCAACUUUAUAGAAAAUCCUCAGGAUUUAAAUGGAUCCAUUCAAGCCCAUGUUGAUCUUAAUGUAGACCUUGUGAGUCCAGACAGUGGCUUGGCUACCAUUAGAAGCAGCAGGUCUUCCAAGGAGAGCUCUGUUUUCCUUAGUGAUGACAGCCCUGUUGCAGAAGGUGCUGUUUCCCAUCAUAGUCUUCUGCCUGGCUUUGAUUCCUACAGCCCUAUUCCUGAAGGAGCGAUAGCAGAAGAACAAAAACCUCAAUCUAGAGACAGCAGUGGUAACUUUGACCUUUUCAAUUUUGAUCUAGCACCAGUGGUUACAGCUCCAUCUGAAUCCUCUUCUCGUUCUGUUGACUGUUCUCCAGCAGAUGACUAUUUCCUUAAUAGUGAUUCAUCAGAAGGGCAACAACUUGCUGUGCAGAAAGAACAUGACGAAACAAACUUGCUAGAAAGUGAUACGGCAAAUUAUUCAACUGACUUAAUUAUGACAGCAAAAAAGGAAGAUAGUUUAGCUGAAUUUGAUGUGAGUCCAGGAGAAAUGUUUGAGAAAACUUCAAGUUUGAUUAAUUUAGUUGAGGGUGAUACUUCCUCACCAGAAAUGUUGAAAUCUGCUGAUUCAAGAAUUCCCCCGACUCCAAUGAACAGUCUUGUAGAAACUUCACCACUAGAUAAUGGGCAGCCUUUAUUUUUCCCACAAGAAGUUAUUAAAAAAAUAAAUGAAAUAGAGGACACAAAGUGUUCUCGUUCACGUGUCAGAUAUGGAAGCUGGUGGGAUGGCUUUGACUUAGAGUCCCGAAAUACUGAUACAUGGAGUUCAAGUGAACAAGAAUCUGUAUUUCAGAGCCCUGUCUUGUGGAACAAUUGUAAAGCAAGCCCACUGCUACAAGGACAUAUUGAUAGAAGAGCAUCAGAUUCUGUUUUCCUCCAAAAACAGCCUGAGCAAAUGGAAUACACGACAACAGAUCUGUGGGAUAAUCAGUUUAAACUAGAUAAUCAAAAACAAGAAAAAAAAGAGGAAAACAGUGAACAUUUGUGUUUGCAAACUGCUUCUUCAGAGGGGACAGAACAAGAAUCAGAGAGUUUUAAUGCUGCAUGGAAGAUCAGUCAGCCAACACCUGUGAUGUCAGAUGCAUGGUCCAGUGGAGAAGGAAAAGGAGACUCUUAUGAUGUCUGGAUGAAGUUUGACACAGAAAAUAUUGCUAGAUCCUCAGAAGAACUAUGGAAUGUGUCCAGACUGGAUAGACAAAAAAAAUCAGUUAAUGUUCCUGAGAAAUGGACCAGAACAAAACAUAGUUUAUCAGAUUCUUCAGAAAUUGUAGCAGACAAUGAGACUGAAAACUCACCUACCCAGGUAUCUCUACAAGCCUGGGAUAAAAGAAGAUGUUAUUCCCUAGAAGAGAGUCAAUCAUCUGAAAAUACAAAUUCUGAUAUCAACAAUAUGCAGAAUAACUCCACAUUAGAAACAGAGAAAAAAACUCUAUUUGGCGACCCUAAGAACAGGCCAAUACAACUUGAAAAUGUAGAGACCUGGAAUAGGUAUGAUAAAAACAUCAGGAAAGAGGUAACGGAAAUAGUGGUACCCUGGGAUGAUACCUUCUUGUAUAAACACUCAGAUCUUUGCUCAUCAAAUAUAAGUGAAGACUUAGCUGUUUCUCCACCAGACACCAAUUACUCAACAUCUGAUUCUUAUAUAUCACCUACAUAUGUGGAAAAUGGAAGAGAAAAUGAGGGUGGAGAUUUUGCCCAAGAAACAAUUACUGAUAAAUUGAUAAGCCCAAAUUUGGCUGAACCGAAAGAACUUGAGAAAGCAAAUAAUGAACUAUUGUCUCCUAUAAACAUGCCCUUUUCAAGAUGCAAAGACACAGGCAUUUGGAGCACGCUCUUAAAUAAUGUUGAUGCCCAAUUACAAGAAAGAAAUUCGAACAGUACUGCUCUUUCUACCUCUGCUAAACUGUUACUUAAUUCAGAACAAGCAACAGAUCAGUAUUUUUCAACCGAGGUACAUACCAAUGAAAAUACCUUUUCUGCAUUCGAAAACAAAAGAGUUACAGCACUAUACAAUCCAACAGUGAAUGACUUAUCACCACCACAGAAUGAAGGAAAUACUGCACAAAGUUUAGCUGCAAAUAUAGAAGCAUUGAGCAGUGCUCCUGUAGAAGACACAGGCACAUCUACACCAACUUCAGAUGCUGGAAAUAGUUUGGAUCUGAAAAUACGUGAUUUAGAAAGUGAGACAUCGAGUAAGGAGCCAGCACAAAACACUCCAGAUGUUGAUGAAAAAUUGAGUAGUCAGCAUUUAGAGCAACAUCUUAACUCAUGGAAUUUACAAUCUGAGCAGGAUUGUGAGAAAGGCUGGGACAAUGCCAUUGUCAUCUCUCAGGAAGGAGAAGAGGAAUAUAAGAUAACAGAUGAGACAGAUGGAAAACAAACUAUUACUGACAUUUGCAGCAAACCAGCAGAAGACAGCAGUGAGCCUUCAUGUAACACAGAUUCAGAAGACAAGAGGUCAAAAUCUGAGUUUUCUAGAUCGCUAGAAAAAAUAAGGACUAGUUUUAGUUUGGAAGACUUUGUCACAGAUAAUGAGUCAUUUUCCAAUCAGAGUAAUCUAAUCAGUCAAGAGGAGAGGAAGGAAUUGUCACAGAAUGAUGCAGAGUCUUCUUCAAGUGCUUCUGAGGAAGACAGAAAUUAUGAAUCUCUUGGUGACUCCAGACCACAAAGUUACAGUUACAGUGAAAUAUUACAGCCUCUUACUGAGAAAGAUGAAAAGGAGACUGUAGUGAUAGAGGAUGCAACAAGUCCUGAAACGGAAAGUAUCUUUGAAAAUAAUUCUUCUAAAAUGCCUGCAAAGUCAGAUAGCUGGAAUGACUCUGGAAAGAAUGACUCUGGUUGCCACUUACCUAUGUCAAUUCCUUUGAUGAAUGAACCAUCAGAAAUAUUGGGAGAUAUAACAGAGGGCUCACAUAAAGUGUUGAACCACCCACACGUAAGCAAUUCUAAGUUAGUGUCUUUUGAAAAUAGCUCAGAACUAAGCAGCACUCAUGAAAAUAUUUUCAUAGAUGAGUCUCCAUCUACUAAAUUUAAGAAGAGUCCUUCUGCUGGUUAUGUCAGUGUUCCUGACAUCACAGACAUGUCUAUGAUGGAUAAUUCAUUUUCACAUGAUAUAGCUUUGGGGAAAAACGAAAAUUCUGAAAAUUUAGAAUCUGCUGAUAAGCUUUGCAGGGAACUGUGUGUAACGCUUAAUAACAGUUUUCCUGAAACUGCUUGGAAUUUACAGCAACAUGAGGAUUUUAAAUCUCCUGGAACAAGUCCUGAAGCAAGUGAAGUCCAUGAAAUGGCAACCACCACAAGCAGCCUUUCAAAGGAUAUACAGAUCAGAAGUUAUUUGGAGAAAGAUAAUGUAUGGAGUGAUACAAUAGAUGAUUAUACACACUCAAGUGGAACGAGUCCUGAUUUAAGUGAUGCAUCAGUGAAUGUGUGGGGAGAACUUCCAGUUGACAGUAAUCACAAAGAAAAAAAAGAUAUGUGGGAUAGUAAAAAUGAUAAAAAUCUUAAGGAGGCUUGCAAAAUCAAAGACUUUGGGAAUAAAGAUCAAGAACAAUUUGAAAAAAGCACAGCACAGAAUAAGGUUCCCAAAAGCUUAGAUUUUUGGAAUGCUCAUGUAGAUGAUGAUACUGUAUCUUCUUUAUCAAGUCCGGAACUAAAUGAGGAUUCAGAGAAUUCAGAGGCAUGUCCAGAAGAACUGAAUGAAGAUUCCACAUAUGAAAACAAGGAGCACAAAUUAUCUGAAAUUGGUGCAGAUUAUGCAAAAUCAAAUGCAACAAGUCCUGAAGCAAAUGAAGACAAUUUGGAUGCAAAAAAUGAAGUGGCAGAAGACAUCUUUGCAGAUAUCUUAAAUAAAAACCCUGAAACUGUUGAAGUUCAGAAUGUAUCACGGGAGGACUUUAACGUAGUAGAGCAUAAUGAGACUUCUGAAUAUUUAGAUCAGCGUGAAACACUUCAGAAUAAGGCUCAAGUGAGUCUUUGCAGCGAAAAAGUGGGUAGCACAGAAGGUUCACAUUUGUAUCAGAUGAAUGCAGAUGAAACAAUGACUUCUGUUGGUGGUAAAAAAGAAUACUUUGCAGAAAGUGGUAUGUGGAGUUUGUCAUUGGAAGCUGAUUUAGGAACUGAUCAGAAAUUCAGUGUAGGAACAUUUGAUUUUCCGUAUGACAGUUCAGGAUGGUGGAAUUCACCAACUUGUGGAGAAAACCUGGUGGAAGACCAGAAUUCGAUUUCAAGUCACUCUGCAACAUAUCAAGUAACAAACAAUAAGGAGGAGUCCUGUAGAUCACCUGCACAAAAUGAAGAGCUAACAGAAACGCAUUCCACUGAACCAAAUGAUGGAAAUCAGCCUGUUCACCUGUACUGUGAUGUGGAAGAAAAUGAAAGGCUAUUAUAUCCUAUGAAUCUUUCUGAUAGCCAAGUAAAUGAAGACACUGAGGAGUUCAAACAAUAUGAUCCUUUUAUACUAGAUGAUACAGAAGAAAGGGACUUGAAAGAGCAGUUUUUUCCCACAAAUGAGAGUAAUCAACUGUCUUCACAGAAUACUUUUUCAUAUGUUCAACAAGAUAUGUCAAAUACAGCAGAUCAAAAAACCAUAGUACAUGAUCAACCAGAAGGCCAUGAGGGAAAUGCAAAUCUCAUCCCUCUAGAACAACAGCUAGACACUGGUGAAACAGUAGAACACAACCAUCUACCAGCUUUCACUAUAGAAGACUUGUCUUUUGAAAUGACAGAGAAGUCAAGUCCAAUGUUGAAUGUAUUGGUUUCCCAAACUGCACUUAUCCCAGAUAUUUUACAAGAUAACACAAAAGAAGGUAAUCAGUCAUUUUCAAUGGAACCUGACCUGUGGACUAGUGCUGAACAGCCUGUCACUUUGAAAUCAGUUACUGAAAAUCCUGAUAUAUUAAAUCAUUGUGAACAAGACAGUAGUUCUGAGGCGUCAAACAGUCCAGAUGUGUGCCAAGAAUAUGAAGUUAAGCAUGCCUCUAUCCCAUCUUCCCAGAUUAGUGUAAAACCUGAAAGACAAGAUAGUCAGAUGACUCACAUGCAGUCAAAUAAGAGUAAAGAGAUAGAUUCUGACACAAAGAGUCAGUUUGUAAUGCAGAAGACAGAGGCUGAAUCUAAAAGUAGUAGUCCCCAAGACUGUGAUCAGGGAAAGACUGAUGAAUCAUAUCAGCUUAUGUCUUCUAAUUCUCAGGAGCCUCUCGAAUUUGCAGUUUUGGAACAUGAUCUAGAAAAUAAACCUGCUCUUAAGACAACUGAAUCAGUCAACAUCCCCAGUGAAGUUUUAGGAAUGACAUCAUUAGAUCUGAAAGAUGCAUUCCAUGAAAGUUAUAUUCCUGUAAGUUAUCAAGGAACACCAACAGAUUUGUCUCAAAUGGCGACCUUCCAGACAAACUUGGUUCCCAUGAAUUUAACUCUACCUGAUAAAGCAGAGCAGAACUUGAAAGAAAUUAGUGCUUUGGAUGAAGCUGGAAAAUAUUCUGAUUUUGAGAAGGUAGCUAUAACUGGUGAUGACAUACCAGCAGAGUUCUUGGAUGAAUCUGAGAAGGGUUUGGAACAUAACAUCUGUAACACGUCAGUCAGUAGUAUGACAGUGAGCACAUGUGGUGAAAUUAAUAUAUUAGAAGUAGCAGGUAGUGAAGCAACAGAAGGAAAAUCAAAGAAUACACAAAUAUUCUUUCCCAAAUCCUUUCUUCUUGGUGAUAAUGAGGGCUUUGAAUCUAAUUCAAAUGAUCAAUUGAACAUAACAAAAGAAUGUGAAGACAUAAUUGAGAAAGAUGUUCCUGUGUUUAAGGAAAUGCCCAGCGACCAGUCACUAGUGGUGUACACUCCACCAUUCUAUGUGUCUUUUGAUGCUGAACCCUCUAGCAGCAGAUGUACAAGGGGUGAACUCUUGUUAAAGCAGCCAUUUUGUAACAAUGUUUCUUAUGAAAAGCCUUUACCACUAACUCCCUUGGAAGGUGAUGAAGGCAUCCUAAUGACCAAAGAAAAUAGCAUCGAAGAUCAGGUGUCUUUACCAGAGAUCCUUCAGAAGAAUCACAUGUCAGAACCUUCAUUCUUAGAGUCCCAAGAAGCUCUCGGAAUUUCUGUGGUUUUGAAAGAAGCAACUGAUCUCGACUCACCGCCAGGUGGAGAUAAAAGAUCACCUGCUGAAGCUGAUGCUACUUCCGUGCUUAGAAGAGAGAAUAAGCCAAGAAAUUCUUCUGAGAGCCCUGAACUGGAAAGUACAGAGAGUAAGGAGGAUAUGAGAAUGCAGGUUCACAGAGAUCCAGCUUCAGUAGAGAUGGAUUACAUCCUUGUUACUGAGGAAGAAAAUGUGGCUUCAGCAAGGGAAAGUGAUUUUGUGUUUCAAGAGGCUGUUGUACCUGGACAAAUAGAAUCUAAUGAAGGCUUUUCACGAAGCCCAUUGGAUACCUUUCAGUCAAUCUCCAUAAUAAAUGAAAGGGAAGACCAAUCUGCUUGUGGGGCUGAAUGGGACUUAGAUGAGAAAAGCUCUUCUGUUGUGCCUCAAAAACUCGAGGAUGAAAGGGAAUCAGGAGAAAGAUUUGGGCAAGAUGAGGGUUGGAUUAUAUUGGGCCAAAAUGAAGUCUGUGAUAUAUCAUCUGGGGAAAUUUCUGCUGAGUCAGAGAUGCCAAAAUUUGAGUCUGGACAUUGUGGCAAAGUAGCAGAAACUGCUGAAGGGAAGGAAUCAACUCCUGAAACUCAAGUAGAAUUUCAGGAGGAUGAUGGUAAUGGUGCGUGGGAAACAAAUAAUCAGCAGGAGCUUGGGAAUAACACAUUCACAGAACAAGAGCUGAAAGAAGAGUCUGUGCUUCUCAACAGUGAAAGAAAACUGAGUGAGAAAUCAGGGUUGAUACAAGAUAAUGUAGGAAUGGAUAUUUCCUUUGCUGAGGGUGUACUGAGCCCCAGUUCUACAGAGAUGAGGCCUGAACCUCCCAAUUCUCUUGAUCUUAAUGGUACCCAUCCCAGAAGGAUAAAGCUCACGGCUCCAAAUAUCAACCUUUCUUUGGAUGAGAGUGAAGGUUCUAUACUUUCUGAUGAUAAUUUGGAUACACCAGAUGAAAUUGAUAUCAAUGUGGAUGACCUUGACACUCCUGAUGAAGCAGACUCUUUUGAAUACACUGGACAAGAAGAGCGGAAUGCUGCUAAGGAUGCUUCCCAGGAGGAGUCUGAAUCAAUUCCAGAAUACACUGCUGAGGAGGAGCGAGAAGACAACAGGUUAUGGAGAACAGUGGUUAUAGGGGAACAAGAGCAAAGAAUUGAUAUGAAAGUCAUUGAACCUUACAAAAAGGUUAUUUCACAUGGAGGCUACUAUGGUGAUGGUCUGAAUGCUAUCAUUGUGUUUGCUGCGUGCUUCUUGCCAGACAGCAGCCGAACUGAUUACAACUAUGUCAUGGAAAAUCUUUUCCUGUAUGUAAUCAGUACCUUAGAGCUGAUGGUAGCUGAAGACUAUAUGAUUGUAUACUUGAAUGGAGCUACACCAAGAAGGAGGAUGCCUGGGCUGGGUUGGAUGAAAAAGUGUUACCAGAUGAUUGAUCGUCGUUUAAGGAAGAAUUUGAAAUCGUUCAUAAUUGUCCAUCCGUCAUGGUUCAUCAGGACAAUUCUGGCUGUGACACGACCUUUUAUAAGCUCUAAGUUCAGCAGUAAGAUACAGUAUGUCAAUACAUUGGCAGAGCUUCGUGAGAUGAUUCCAAUGGAAUAUGUGCACAUACCAGAGAGCAUUGUCAAGUAUGAUGAAGAGAAGUGUAUUAAGAGAAGAAUGAGACUGGAUGAAGAACUGAGGGAAGCUUCAGAAACAGCUAAAACUAGCUGCCUCUCAAACGAUCCAGAAAUGACUUCAGUGGAGCAGGAGCUUGACAUGACCCUGAAAUAAAAAGCAUCACUGCCAGAUCUUUGAAGAAGAGGACUUUCAUCGCUCAGACACCCAUGAUCAUGGUGUACAAUAGGAAAUUUGAUUCAUUUUGCUUGUGAUAUAAUUUUUUGAUGCCAUUUAGCAAUCCAAGAAGAUGAAACAGGCCCAUCGUGUUGCCUUGGAAACAAGAAAUUUGGAGCUGGCUAUUUUUUUAUUUUCAGAAAUAGAGUUUUUGUUAGAAAAGCUAUAACAUCUAGUAUUGGUUUCUGUAAGUGUAUGCAAAUUCUGUUUCAGAUUAUAGAAUUUUGCAAACAUUAUGCCUCAUGAAUGAGUCAAUGAGGACAUAGAUUUUUAUUUAGUUUUUGUCUUCAGCAUAGUACUGUUUCUGCAUAGCAGAGCAAAAUAGUUAUUAUUACAAUAAAUAUUAGCAUAGUUGUUUCACACAGCAGCAGCAACCUUAUUGUUCCAGAAUGAUUCUAAAAACGAAGCAGGAUUUCAGUGAGUGUGUUUUUCUCUUGGUGUAUGAAAAGUUCUUCCGUAUUCUUUUAAAACUAAUGACUUUUUAUUUGGCCACAGGAGAGCCUGUGUACUAAAAAUCAUAAGUGUUUAAAAAGUUUCCCAGAUCAAAAAUUGCUGACAAAACUUAGUUUCAUUUUAAUAAUUUUGUUCAGUGUCUUUAUCUUAAGGACAGGUUUUACAGAAGCAGCUAAUCCUUUAAAAGUUUAUCAAAUGAUCUAAGAUCCUUGAAAGAUUGUUUCAUUAUUGUUGUUUUUUAAAGCCUGUUUUUCCAGAACAUUUUUAAGUAAUGAAUCUCCAAAUGGCAUCCUAUCUGGAAUCACAGCAGUUGCUAAUGCUAUGAAUACAGAACAAUUACUUAGUACUUCUCACAAUUAUUUAUUAAGAGGAGAUGUCAAAAUAUUAUUUGGAGUCUAUUUAAUAUCAAAAAUACUUAUUGCAAUGCCAUUUGUUGUCUGUAACACCAGUAUAAACAUGAAAAAGAAAAAGACCCAAGCAUUUCAUCUUUUGCUGCUGUCCUACACACAUGAAA